AUGGAUUCUCUCCGGGUCCAACGCAGGCGAUUUUGCGCUACAAGGCGGCAGUUCCUUAUCGCGGCAGUGGUAUUUAUUCUUCUGCUGCGGCUGCUCGCCGCGUCAUGGCAGGGGCGUCGCGGGCUCUCCCUCAACCUCUUCCGACAUUCUUACCCCUUUCCGACCGAGUUUGCAGGACAACGUACGCAUGACCGACCAAUCAUCAACAAUCCAUACCCUGAUUACAAUUCCGCGUCGUGGAACUCAACGUGGCAGGGAGCACAUCGAGCUUGCCUCGGGCCCUAUGGUCGCGUGAUGGACCGGCACGAUGAAAACACGACGAUGAGCGGAUAUCAUUGGAAUGCAUCGGGCUUCCCGCCCCCAAUCUUCGGAUCCUACGAAGCCUGGGGUCUUGAUCGGGGCCUCUAUGCGGAUUCGGUCUCGCGGUACGGUGCAUACGGGCAUAAGUGCAGGAGCGACAAUAGCUGGUACGGUUCCUAUGGAUUCAAUCAUGCGGCCGAACUGCAAUGGGACGCCGCUCUUGACAAGCAAUGGGAUACGGAUAUGCGCGACGAGUUUAAUCUCAGCGACCCCGAGCCGAGGAUUCAACCGCGGACAGCUGUCAUCAUGCGCACUUGGCUGAGCAAGCGAUACACGGAUGACGACCUACAUUUCAUUCGAGCUAUAAUCAUGGAGCUGGCUCUCCAUUCCGGCGGUGAAUAUGAGGUCGUUCUUUUGGUGGAUUGCAAAGACACUGAAUUGCCAAACUCCAUGGACACCGUUGCCAUGGACAAAUUCAAGGCAAAGCACCUGCCUCAAGAACUGGGCGAGCUCGCUGUCUUUUUCAACACGAAGAUACUAGAGACAUGGUAUCCCAAAAUCAAGGUCCAUGACGCGGUUCUGCGGUAUUUCCAGCCAGUCCAGCUUUUUUCACUACUUCAUCCACAAUACGACUACAUUUGGCAAUUUGAGAUAGACGCUCGUUACACUGGCCACCUGUAUCGGCUAGUGACCCAAGCCACCGACUUCGCGCGGCGCCAACCCAGAAAGCACCUCUGGGAGCGAAACUCAUAUUUAUAUAUCCCAGCAAUUCAUGGCACAUGGGAGGAGUUUGCCACGAAAGUGAACCAGGAUAUGGUGAAACGAGAUAGCAUUUGGGGUCCUCCGCCUGCCGAAGACAUUGACCUUGGAAGACACAGCCCUGUGCCUCCAGUGGCCAGUCCAGAUGACGACGAAGGUGACUGGGGCGUUGGCGAAGAAGCAGAUCUGAUCACCUGGCUCCCACAUUUUGAUCCUGCUGGAGUGAAUUGGCCGUGGGGCCAAGAAAUCUACCAUUUCCAACAGCGGAUGCACACACCGCGACGCGCGACCGUUGGCGCAAUGUCACGACUCUCAACGCGGCUUUUGCGUGUCAUGCACAAGGACCAGGCAUGCAAGGGAUUAGGUCUCGCAUCUGAAAUGAUGCCUAUCUCAUGGGCGAUGUAUUAUGGCCUCAAAGCUGUUCAAGUUCCACAGCCGAUUUAUCAUGAGCGGGCUGCGUGGGGUCAUAAGUCGUGCGAUGACAUCCUCCUGUACCCAUCUUUUAUGUGGCGCUCAUCCUUCGCUGAGAGGCUCUAUCGUGCCUGGCUGGGAUAUGAUGGCGCAGAAGAGUGGGAAAAGGAAAAUCGCCCUCUUUGUCUUCCGGCUAUCUUCAUUCACCCGGUUAAGAACUCAGAGCGAUAG